AGUAACGGAGGUUGUUGAGUUAAAAAACCCUUGGGCUCUCGAAUUCGCCGCGCCUCUUACGAGAGUUCUUCAGACACACACUCUUCGCCAAUUUGAAAUUAUUUUUCCAGCUGAUUUCUGAGUAAAUCAAAGUGAUCAUGGAGACUGUUUCAGAAAUUGGAAACUCAGAUGACUGUCUGAAUAAUCCUGAGUUGAGUGAUAAGCAUAAGGAGAGAUCGGGGAAAAAGAAGAGGAAAUCAAGGAAACAUGAAAGUGAGUUGAAGAAUAAUGAUUCUCAUAUCAGUAGCCAGAAUGGGAACGCAGAUGGGGAUGUUUCAUCUGAAGAGCAAAAAGUGGGGGAAACAGAGAAAUUAACCAGUGAAGAUCAAGUCCAGUUAUCCGAGAGUCGUGUAUCUACACUACCUGCAGCUACACUACAUCACGCAGAUCCAAUUAUGUCAACAGGAGAAGAUUCACUACCAGAUGCUAAUAAGAAUGGUUCCGGAAGAAAAAAGUCAAAAAGGAGAGAGAGGAAAAAGAAAGAGGAGGCUUCCUGUGAAGAGAAAAUGUUGGAUGAUGUAGAAAAAAUCACCAACGAAGACCAAGGGCAGCCACCCAACACUCUGUCAAAUGGUAUAAUACAAGAAGGGUCACACAAACAAAGUCAAGAUUCAUGUGAAAAACCUGAAGCUGCACAACUUUGUACCGGCCCUAAUUUUUCAGCGCAAGAAGAUUCACAGCCAGAUGCUACUAGUUCGACUUGUUCCCAGAAAAGAAAGAGAGACAAAAAGAGGGAUAGAAAGGCACUGAAGGAAAGUGAUGUUGAUAUUCAUAGUACCAAUGCAGGGGUUGCUGUAAAGUACAAUACUAUUACUGAAGCUGAAGGAUCGAAAUCGAUGAGUAAAGAGGAAAACUCUGUUGCUAGUGCUGUGAUAAAUAGUUGUCUGCAAUCCAAGGAUGAUACUGUGGAACUACAAGAGUGCACAGAUUUUAAACUCAGUGAAACUGUUACCCAAACUCAGAGUCCUAAAGCCAAGAAAAGGAAGAAGAGAAAGAAUAAAACAGCGGAGGUCUGUGAUCCAUUAGGAAAUAUUUUGCCAACCUCCACGAAAAGCGGGUCAGUAGAGUGUGUGGAAAAUAAUGAUGGGAGCAAGGAAACAGAUGGAAUUACUGAAGUUAAAGAAGACGUUCUUGAAGUUAAAUACGAUACUAUUUCUGAAGCUGAAGAAUCAAAAUCGAUGAGUAAAAAGGAAAUAUCUGUUGCUAGUGUUGUGAUAAGUAGUUGUCCGAAAUCCAAGGAUGAUACAGUGGAACAACAAGAGUGCACAAAUGUCAAACUCAGUGAAACUGUGGCCCAAACUCAGAGUCCUAAAGCCAAGAAAAAGAAGAAGAGAAAGACCAAAACAGUGGAGGUCUGCGACCCGUUAGGAAAUACUUUAUCAACCUCCAUGAAAAGCGGGCUAGUAGAGUUUGUGGAAAAUAAUGAUGGGAAUGGUGGGCGAGAGUUAAUUAGUUAUCCAGCAAGUCAGAGGGAAAAUUCUGUAACUGGGGAGGGAAGUGGUUUACAGAAUCUCGGAAAAACUAAAGAGAAGGAAACAGAUGAAAAAACUGGAGUUAAAGAGGACGUGCUUGGAGCAGGUGUAUGUGAUGUAAGGAGCAAAAAACAGAAGGGGAAGAAGAAGAAAACGUCAUCUGCAGAUAUGGAAGUCUGUGAGCCAUCAGGAUCUGUAGGGUGUUUGUUGGAUCAUUCAGACGAAAAAGACAUGGCAAAUCGUGAUGGAAAUGCCGGACAACAGUUGGGGGGAGAGGAUAUGACAAGUAAAACUGAAAAGUCUGUAAAGAGAGAGAAAAGUGGAGUUCAGAAAUCUGGAAAACGUAAAGAAAUGACAAAAGAUGAAAAUAUUGAAUCUAAUCAGGAUACGAUUGGAGCCGAAGGUGUUAGUGAUGUUGCACGCAAAAGACAGAAGAGGAAGACAAAAAAGAAAACAAAUUGCGAAUCAGUAGCCAUCAUGGAUAGCGACUGUUUGUUGUAUCAAUCAAAUAGAGAAGGUGUGGAAAAUUGCGAUGGGAAUGCUGAUGGGGAGAUUGGCAGUAAGGAUUUGGCUAGUAAUAUUGAAGAUUCUGCAACUAAGAAGGAAAGUGCGCAGGAUGUUGAAAAUACCAAAAAAAAUAAAAAAAGUAAAAAGGAAGAAGUUGAUCAGAAUGCCUUGGCAGCAGAAGGUGUUAGUGAGGUUGAGGUCACAACAAAGAAACGCAAGAAGAAGAAAAAUCUGUCGGAUCAUAAAAGUAAAACAGACAUUACGGAUGACGACAGUAAAAAGAUAAAUGAUAAAAAGGGAGAAGUUGAUCAGAAUGCUUUGGGAGCAGAAGGUGUUAGCAAUGUUGAGGUCAAAACAAAGAAGAGCAAGAAUAAGAAAAAUGCUUUAGAUCAUAAAACUGAUGAUAUGGAGGAGAAGGAUGCUGUUUCCGUGCCUAAAAAAGAUGAAGAACCAGAAUUUGACGGGGAAAAGCUUGAAAUGUCUUUGUCAAGUUCUGUUGUAAUACAAAAUAAUAUGGUUCAAGGAGUUGCUUCAUCAGAAAUUGGAAGUGUAGCUAAAUGUUCAUGUGAUGGUCGUACUAAAAAGUUGCUUGUAUUUGAUUUGAAUGGAAUACUGGCGGAUAUCGUUCAGGGCUUUACAGGUCAAUUUAUUCCAGAUGGUAAAGUAUCAUACAGAUCAGUCUUCAGGAGGCCUUUUGUUUCCAGUUUUCUCGACUUUUGCUUUGAGAGAUUUAAUGUUGCGAUAUGGUCCUCCAGGCGCAUUGGGUUGGAUUAUAUGGUCAGCAUUGUCAUGCGAAACUAUGCGAGGAAUCUGUUGUUCUGUUUUGAUCAGAAUAAAUGCACUACAACGAAGUUUAAAACUCAGGAGAAGAACGAUAAGCCUCUGUUCCUCAAGGAUCUAAGAACAGUAUGGGAACGUUUUGGGACAUGCAUCAGUUGUGGAAACCGAAAGUAUGAUGAGACAAACACUUUGCUAGUUGACGAUUCACCCGACAAGGCCUUGUGUAAUCCUCCAUACACUGGAAUCUUCCCUUCCCCGUACCAGUACACAGACCAUCAAGAUUCUGCAUUGGGACCUGAGGGUGAGCUAAGGAAGUAUCUUGAAAGAAUAGCGGAUGCGGAGAACGUUCAGAAGUUUGUGGCAGAGAAUCCAUUUGGUCAGACUGCCAUAACUGAGACGCACGAGUCAUGGGAGUUUUACUCUAAGGUCGUCGAGGCACAUAAUUAAUUCCUCCACCGAGGACUUUGACUAUGUAAUUGCCGCUCACAACAACUAAGUUACUUCCGGUGGAGAAACUCUACUCCAUGAAACUUCAAUUUAGCUCAUUUCACAUUUUUGUUGAUCUUUGUAUUUCUUGUGUUUCAAAUACCAGCCUCAUUAUUACAUUCUCUGUUUAUGAUUAGUCUAGAUUCAAAUUGGUAACUGUCUUCAAAUAAGUUGAUUGUUAUUCAUAUAUAUUUUUAUUAA